AUGGCUCAAUCAAUAUCAGCAUUCAUGAUUCUUCUUACAACAAUCUCUCUAUCAUUCUUAGCUUCAGACAGCAGUGCCUCCACCAUUGCUGCUGCGCCCUCUUCUCUUCCUCUCUCACCUUCAUUACCUCCUGAUAUCUCUCCUCUUUUCCCCACACCUCAGCUCUCUCCAACUGAAUCAUCUCUCCCCGUAAUUCCCUCAACUCCUAGCCCUCCAAAGCCCGAUGAUGAUGCAAUGGCAGCUGAAGCCCCGGUUUUGGCUGCGCCGUCUGGAUUCUUGCCGGAUUCUUCCUCUCUCAGGCUACUAACUUGCCGGGGAUGCGCCACCUCACUCGUGCUUUUGCUUCCAUUUGCUCUUCUGCAGCUUUGA